UUUGAAGUGGCUGUAGGCCCGGACCCGUUGUUCUAAAUUCUUUGGCUUUCAGUCUGCCUAGCCACUUAGCAGUAAAUCCACUUUGCCAAUACUUCCAUCAUGGUGACUUUCAUUUCCAAAUACACUUUGUCUGUUAUUGUGACUAACGCAAUUAUACUUACAGAUUGACCCUAUCGGAGCAGUAGCAGCCGCUACAGCCUCAAUUGAUCAAUCCCUCAAGCUUAUCCGACGAGUCUCUACGGCCAUCGAGAUCCAUAAGAAUGGCAGGAAAGACCUAGAGUUUAUUUUCGAGGACCUCUCCAGUAUUGCCCAAGUUAUAGAACUUGUCCAAACCAUCGAAGCAAUCAGAACCAAAGGAGUUCUCAAAGCCUUAGCAAAUAUGCUAAAACAUGCUGAAAAGCUAGAUGAUCAUGUCCAACAGGUCAAAAAGAAGUUCAACACCGGCUCUUCAUUUCGUCGCGCCACUCACCACUUCAUGACUGGCCCUGAAGAUUUGGAGCAUACCAACAGAGUGGUCAAAGAGCUAGCAUCUCUAAAGACCACGCUCAUCCUUCAUAUUCAAGUUGCUCAUGUUGGCCUUGUUGUUCAAAAUGAUCAGGACAAGCGGGCAAACCCGGGUUGCACUCACAUGUUGGACAGUUCGGUUCUUCAUGAGGUCAAUCAAGUUGUUGAGCAGAGACUCGGCAAGGGACAGGGGCUGAAGAUAGCUGAAGUCCUUCGAGGCAAGAGCGCAGACGAUGAUGGAAUGAUUCGCCUUUCGCAAGAGGAGUAUGAAUGCCUCGUAUUUCAUAGCUUGGACGAUAGUCAAUCCAACCAAGAACUCGGUACAAUUCGCGUUGCCAAUAACCAAACCUUUGAUCAAGCGUUGCAAAUCAACGGAUUUAUAAGCGACGACUGGAUGGAGUUUGCUCAGAACCUGACUAUCGAGGAUAAUGAAGCUCGCAACCAGUCUAUCCAGGUAAAUGUACCUACUAGGACGGAGCGUUUCGCCGAGCUUUUGGCUGUCAGAAACAAAACUCUCGAGAUGAUGCCGAGUUCGGCUUGGGCACCAGCCCCACUGAUGCCAAAGCAGAAUAUUAGAAGCCUGGAAUGAAUUCGUAUUUCCUCUUACCACUAGUUGAGUAUAAGGGGAUAUGUUUCAUGAUUCGCGGUGGUGGCUGAGGAAUAAGGGUUCAAAGCGGCAGUCCGUGACAGAUUACGCGUUACUUAAGUGUCAUUUUCUAAUACCGAGCCAGACUUUCCAGAAAGCCCCAGUCCAACGUAGCAAUGCUGUACUGAUUAUUUGGUGGC